AUGGCAUCGACAAAGAUCCCCGUCACACUCGGGCUCAUGACCUGGGGCGAGCAAGGGACACCUAUGUCCCGCAUCCACGAUCUCGAGACGUGCGAGCAGAUGCUCGACGUCUUCGUUUCUCACGGGCACAACGAAGUCGACAGUGCGCUCGCCUACUGCAACGGCACCUCGGAGGAAUACCUCGGCAAGCUCGACUGGAAGUCGCGCGGCAUCCUCGUCGACACCAAGCUGUGGCCGAUGGAGUACAAGGGCGAAAAGGCGACGUUUACGCUCGACAAGAUGCGCAAGUUCCUGGACGUCCAGCUCGCGGCGGUCAAGACUGACUGCUUGAACUUGUGGUACCUUCACGCUCCUGACUACGGUACACCUAUCGCCGAGACGCUCGAAGCCGCCAACGCGCUCUACAAAGAGGGCAAAUUCAAGCGCUUCGGUAUCUCGAACUAUUGCGGGAAAGACGUCGAGGAGUUCUGCGACCUCGCCGACAAGCACGGGUGGGUUAAGCCGAGCGCUUACCAGGGUAUCUACAACGCCCUCCACCGCAGCGUCGAGACCGAACUCUUCCCAAUCCUCCGCAAGCACAACAUCUCGUUCUACGAGUUCAACCCGCUCGGCGGGGGGUUCUUUGUUGGACACCUCAAGAAGGAGGAGGGGGUGGAGAAAGGGUCGAGGUUUGAUCCGGAGACGGCGCAGGGGAAGAACUACCGCAACCGCUACUGGCGCGACGAAUACUUCCGCGCCCUCGACCUAAUCCAACCCGUCGCGUCCCUUCACUCGCUCACACUCGCCGAGAUCGCCCUCCGAUGGAUCGAGCACCACUCGCAGCUCUCGCGCGAGAGGGGCGAUAAUGUCUUGAUUGGUGCGAGUUCGGUGAGGCAUUUGGAGGAGAACUUGAGGGAUUUGGAGAAGGGGCCGCUACCUGAGGAUGUACUCGACGCACUCGACAAAGCCUGGGAAAUCGUCAAGCCCGUCGCUUCCCUCUACUACCGGUCGCCCGACAACAUCAAGAUCUGA